AUGAAAACUAUUAAUAGUCUUGAUAAUGAAACACUAUUUGAAAUAACUUGUACUGAUAAUGGUCAACCAUCUUUAUCGGUAUCAACAUAUAUGAAAGCUUUACCUGAUGAUAUGGCACUAAUGUUUGUUCCUAUUUUUUUGUUGAUUAUACCAGUCAACGAUGGUAGUAAUACAAUAGACAAACAGAUAAGAGAUAAUAUUGUCAUAUUAUAUUCUAAUGACGGAGAUAAAACAGAACAACAACGACAACGUCGACAAGCGAAUUCACCACCUCAAGAUAUUUAUUUUAAUAUGUUUCAUUUAAAUGUACCAGAAAAUUCAAGAAAUUUUGAAAUAGCACAUGUUUAUGUUGUUGAUGAAGAUAAUGAUAAUUAUACAUGUUCUAUCUAUACACUAAAUGCUCCUUCAUACCAUCAACCAUUUGAAAUCGUUAAUGAAAUAUUACGAACAAAAUUAACUAUGAAUAAUAGUAAUUAUGAUCUUGAUUUUGAAACAAUACAAGACUAUGAUAUAACAGUAUCAUGUUCUGAUUUCAUUCAUCAUUUUACUAUUAGUAAAAAUUUUACUAUUGCUGUUAGCGAUGUUAAUGAAGCACCAGUUGCAUUAACAUUAAUACCUAAUAUACUUCCAGAAAAUUCACCAACAGGAUAUGUUAUUGGUCAAUUACAAACAAUUGAUCCGGAUAUAUAUUCAGUGAAUCAAACAUUUCAAUACACGAUUGUUACUGAUUUAAGUCAUACAUUUGAAUUAAAAAAUGAUAAAUUAAUUUUAAAACGUGAAAAUUCUGUUGAAAUGUGUAUAACUCAACCAGAUUUAUGUCCACAUGAUUAUGAACAAACAACUUCAUUACUUGUUCGUAUACUUGUUGAAGAUAAUGGUGUACCACGAGCAUCACAGAAAUUUUGGAUUCAAGUUAAAAUAACUGAUGCAAACGAUCCACCACUUAAUUUACAAUUAGAUAAAAAUAUUGUAAUAGAAAAUUCACCUAUUGGAACAUUAAUCGGAUCAUUUUCAGUUGAAGAUCAAGAUUUAUAUCAAACACAUACAUAUACACUUCUUAAUGAAAAUUCAUUUACAUCAAGAGGAUUUUUUUUUACUAUUGAAGAUAAUGAUUUACGAUUAGUACGAUCACCUGAUUAUGAACAAGAACAAUUUUUUCUUAUUACUGUACAAGCAACAGAUAAUGGGAUUCCACCAAAAAACAUUACAAGUGAUUUUCUUAUUGAAAUACUUGACACUGAUGAAAUUCCAGAUACUUACACAUUUAUUUCAAACAUCAAUGAUAUAAUAUCAAAUGAUACAAUUAAUAAUUUAAUAAACGGAAUAAAUCCAGUACGAAUUACUUAUUUACCACAAAGUGCAUAUUUUCAAUUAUCAAUUGGACGAAUUAUAUUUUUAAUAGAAGAUCGUUAUCGAGAUUUAUAUUUACAUGGAUAUGAUGGUACACAGUUAAAUGAAUUAAACUUUUCAAAACCAAUAUGUGCAAGUUUAACAGAAUCGCCAUAUCGAUUAUUAUGCACAUCCAAUGUUACUGUUGUUAAUCCACGUGUAGUUUAUGAUAAUAAUGAUCAUGAUGGUCAUUUAGUUGUUACUUUAUUAACAUUAACAAGUAAUAAUAAAACGAUGACAUUUUCAAAACCAUUACGAAUUAAAUUUGAAAAUAUUACUUUAACAAUCAAUGGUCAACAAAAAGAAUCUAUUUAUAUUCCAAAAGAUAAUUCAACUUCUCUUAUAAUUGGUUCAAUUCAUGCAAUUGAUGUAGCAGCUGCUGGACGUCCUGUAGCAAAUAUUAUACUUAACGAAAAUAGUUCUUUAACUUAUCCACUUGAAAUUGUCAAUUCAACUAUUCUUAAAGUUAGGGUUCGUGAUGAUGUAAAUUUCUCUUCAUCAAAUUCAUCAUUAACGUUUAAUGUUAGUGUAUUAGUAACAACAACUGGUGAAGAUAGUCGAAUCGUAGAAAAAUAUUUAACUGUUUAUGUUAAAGAGAAAAAUGAUUUUAAUUUUAUCUUAUCAAAUAAUAAGAUUAUGGAAAAUUCUCAUGAAAAUACAUCAAUUGGAAAUUUUAUUGUCGAAGAUGGUGUCGAUAAUUAUACUAUUAUUCUUAUUGACAAUGCUAAUGAACGAUUUAAAUUAAAUGAAACAAAUCUAUUAACAGCUAAGAAAUAUGUUGAACAUUGUCAUUUAAAUCAAACAUGUCCAUUAAAUCAUGAAAUCGAAUCCAUAAUUAAUAUAACAGUUGCAGUUAAUAAUCAAAUAACUAAUGAAACUCUUCGUUUUGUAACUGUUCCUAUUGAAAUUGAAGACGAAAAUGAAACACCUUAUAACUUAACAUUAUCAAAUGUAGUUGUUCCUGAGAAUACAACAAUUAAUUCAACAAUUAGUAUUUUAAAUGCAAUCGAUGUUGAUUUUAAUCAAACAUUAACAUAUACAACAACAAAUCCAAUAUUUACUAUAGUUGAUAAUCGUUUAAUAUUAAAACAAAAAUUAAAUUAUGAUAAACGACAAUUUAUUCCAAUUAUUAUUCGAGCAACUGAUAGUGGACAACCACCAACAUUUAUAGAAAAUUUAUUUAUUAUAAAUAUAACGGAUGUUAAUCAACCACCGAUUAAUGUCACAUCAAAUUUAAUGACUGUUUAUAUUUCACAAAAUGCAACAUCAUUAGUUGUCGGUCAACUAUGUAUUAUUGAUCCAGAUGUAAAUGAAAAUUUUACUAUUACAUUUGAUAAACCUAAUUAUCAAGCAUUAUCACCAGCUAAAAAUUCAUAUUCAAUUAUAACAGAUGAUGGUUUGGAAUUAAUGGGACAAAUUUAUAAUGUUAGUAUUGCAGAUUUAAAUCCUCCAAAUGGACAAAAUGAAACUAAUUACUUUGUUAAUGUAACAGCAAAUAUAACGGAUGCCGGUGGUCAUCCAGUGAUACAUGAGUUCUACAUCAAUUAUAUAUCAAGACCAAGACGUAAUUUAAUUGGAGUAUCAACGAUACAAAAAAUAGCAACAGGAGUAACUUAUGUUUAUAAAUUUCUCUAUAGUGAAGUAUUUAAUCAACCAAAAGUAGUCGAGCAAGCGAAAGCAAUGUUAAGAAAAUCUGAUACACUUUAUUAUGGUGUUAAAGGAGCUAGCAUGCAAAAACAAUCAGAUCGACCAGAAAAGAAAACAAAUCAUGAAUUAAUUCCUGUACCAUAUCGUACAGCUAAAGCAUUUGAACCAGCUAUUUAUCGAAAUGUUGCUUAUGAUGUUUAUAUGAAUGAUCAUUUUAAAAAAUAUUUUGAUAGAAAUAUUAUUAAACAACAUCAACAUAUUCCAUUUAUGACACAUAAUAGAUUAAUCGAACGAUUUGGCGUUAAAAUGCAUUUGCCUGUUUCAUAUAUAAAUCCACCAGAUUGUCGACGAGUCAUUGUUACAUUAUCUAAUUCUGAGGAAUUAUUUGCUUAUUAUGUUGGUGAAGAUGCUGAUACAAAUAUGCAUAAUGUUUAUCUUGUUAAAUUUGGUUCAAUGACUAAAACAACUGGUGAGAAAAUGUUUGAUUUUCCAGCUUCACUUGGUCGUCGUCCAGUAACAUUUGCACAAUUGAAACGUCAUACAAAUAUGUAUCGAAAAUUGAAACCAUGUUUGGAUGCAAGUUUACAAUUUUUUGAAGAACGUUCAUCACGACGACAACGACAACAAGUUAUAGAUUAUGGAAAUAAUCAAUCAGUUCAAUUUUUCCGUCCAUAUCCACCAUUAAUGUCACCAGUAAAUCCAACUCUUCUAUGUUCACCGCCUCUUGAAAAUUAUUCACCAAAUUCCAAUUGGAUUCCUCCAUCACCUUCUACUCAUCAAACAAUGCCAAUAUUAAUGCCAAUUAAUAAUUCUGAUCAAAUGCAAUUACAUCAUCAUCUUAGUGUUAAUGUCACUGAUCAUUAUGAAUGGUCAACAAAUCCAACACAUUAUUAUCCUGGUUAUUCAACAACAACAAAUUCAUCAAAUAUAGAUACAAUGUCAUUAAAUGGAAGUUUAAGUAGUAAUACAAGUACAAAUGAUAGUUCAUCUUAUCCAAUAUUAGCACCAAUGCCGACAGUUUUUUUUAAUCAAUAUCCUCAACAACCAUCAGGUGAACAACAACAACAACAACAACAACACCAAUAUAUUCAACCGACUGUGUUUUUUCCACAACCAAUUUCACCAAGAUUAAUUAAUGAACACCUACAACAAAAUAUGGUGAAUGAUGUUUCAUCGAAUAAACUUUUUUCUGGUCAAACUCCAUUUGUUAUUAUGUCUCCACCACAUUCAUUAAUUGGCCCAGGACAACAACAACCUGUCUCAGGCUUUCAUCCAAUUUCAAUGAUGCCACGUGUUUGUGUGGAUCCAAUGAAUUGUUCUUCAAACGGUACUAAUGUUUAUCUUCCUACUGGACAAAAUCUAAUGUGUACACAACAACAAUCAGCACCAAAACUUCCUAUUUUUUAUUCAUCAUCACCAUCAACACCGUUUACUCAAUGGAUUCCUACUGCUCCGCCACCACCCCCACCACCAUUACCACCACCUUAUUUUAUGCUAUCUAAUCACCAACCAGCACAACAUUUUCCUUUUCAACAGUUAAUUUGA